AUGGCUUCAAGUAAAGAUAAAAUGGAAGCAACCAAAUUUAAAUGGACAACUGAGAAUGAAAAGAUAUUCUGUGACAUUUGUAUCAAGUUUAUUAGAAAGAACGGGCGUGGAUCAUUUAAAUGGAAGGAGAUUAGCAAAGAGUUUGAAGUUGCCACCAACAUUAGAUGUUUAGAAAAAUCUUUAAAGAAUAAAUUUGAUUUUAUGAAAAGUGACUGGCGCAUUUGGAAGUUUCUAAAAUUUGGUGAAACUGGCCUAGGAAGCUUUCCUGUUACAGGAAAGCUUAGUUGUUCAAAUGAGUGGUGGGAUAGAAAAAUUAAGGAGAAACCUGAGGCUAAAAAAUUUCGUAAUAAAUCAAUAGAUCCUUCAAUUGAGGAAUACUGGAAUCAACUUUUUGAUGAUAGUUAUGCAAGCGGCGAAGAAGUUGUUGCACCCUCUGUGAAUCCUGAUUUUGUGGAACUUGUGGCACUCAAGUAUCUAAACAAGGUGUUAGAGGCACCCAAGUACCAAGCCAAAGUAUUGGAGAUACACAACCAAACCAAUGUAUUGGAGAAACACAAGUACCGAGUCAAGUUGAAGGGGGCAGCAAAGCUAGGAUGUCAAAUUGAAACGUUAAUAUCCCAAUCUCAUAAGGCAUUGGAAAUAAUGCAAUUUGAUGAUGAUACAAGUAAACAAGUUAAUGGAAGCUCUACCAUUGCUACAGCAAUGUCUAUUAUAAAUCGGAUGGUUAUGGAAGGUGUUUUGGAAAAGGGUAGUGAAUUAUGGUGCUUUGCUGCUUGUUUGGUUGAGAAUGAAACAAGAAGGGAGAUUUUUUUAAACAUGGAGGAUGAUGAGUCGAGAAAAAUAUGGCUAACAUACAUGCAUUCCAAAGAGAAAUAA